AUGAGAAUUCUCAACAACCCUCUCAUUCCAGAACAGAUGGACUCCGCCGAGAGGUCUCCCUCGCCCGAGUUCUCGCCCUUGGCGAUCGGCGAAGAUCUCACCCCGCUACCCGCCUACAAGGCCGCACAAACCAACUCCUUCGACAUCGCCGGUCUGCUGUCCACUCCCCUCAAGCUCCACGAGGACCUCGCUUCGGGAUGCGGAGGUCAAACCUGGCCCGCGGGCAUGGUGUUGGCAAAGCACAUGCUGCGUUAUCACCGGGAAGCUCUGACCGGAGCCAGAAUACUAGAGCUAGGUGCCGGCGGCGGACUCGUUGGUUUGGCUGUUGCUCUAGGUUGUGACCUGCAGCAAACGCCGCUGUAUCUCACAGACCAAGACGAAAUGUUCGAGCUCAUGGGCAGGAACACCAAGCUGAAUGGUCUUGAUGGCAAGGUUAAGCCCAUGAUCCUGAAUUGGGGCGAACCGUUAUCACAAGAAGUCGUCGACUUCAAGCCGAAUGUCAUACUCGCAGCCGACUGCGUGUACUUUGAGCCCGCCUUCCCGCUUCUAUUGGAGACAUUGACAAAUUUGCUGACGCUGGAGCCCGACGCGACGAUCUACUUCUGUUUCAAGAAGAGGAGACGCGCCGACAUGCAGUUUCUCAAGAAGGCACAGAAGGCGUUCCAAGUGACAGAAAUCGUGGAUGAUGAUCGCGCCAUAUUCAGCAGAGAAGGGCUGUUCCUGUACACCUUCGCCAGCAAGAAGCCGACCGCCAAUGGUGCUCGACAGUACAUCAAGCGCGUGUUUCGCAAAGCUCUCGGGAGUCGGGAUCUGAAAGCCUCGACUCGGGCCCAGGGAUUUGCGCAGUGCGCCAUGUCAAACAAUGACUCGAAGUCGAAAGGCUACUUGACCUUGACAACUUCCGGUGUCACUUGCGCGCCAGAGUAG